AUGCAAGUGCCCGUCAAGGACUGUCUCUCCCUGAUGGUCUACUCCUUCACGUUCCUGCUGGGCCUCCCCUCCAACCUGCUGGUGCUCUUUGUGUACGUCCGCAAGGCGCACAAGCGGGGUGCCACGCCCAACGUGGUAUACGCACUCAACCUCUGCCUGGCUAACCUGGCACUGGUGGCCUGGCUGCCCGUCAAGGCCCUGGAGACUUUCCUCCAGGACUGGGCUCUUCCGUCGCCCCUCUGUCCCGUCUACAGCUUCUUCUUGUUCUCCUCGAUCUACGGCAGCUGCCUCUUCCUCACGGCCGUGACGGUGGGCCGCUACCUCAGCAUCGCCUUUCCCAUCAGCUACAAGCUGUACCGGCGGGGCCGCAUCUCCUGCUUCAUCAGCGCUGCCCUCUGGGCAGUGGUACUGCUGCACCUGAGUCUGGGCCUGGUGGCAGAAGGCGGGGGCGGCUUCGUGUCCACCUCCAGCCAUAAUGUGUCGGUCUGCUUCGAGAACUUCACCCAGGACCAGCUGGACCUGCUGCUGCCAUUGCGCCUGGAGAUGGCGCUCCUCCUCUUCCUAAUGCCACUGGCCAUUACCGCCUUCUGCACGCUACGCUGCGUAGCCCUGGUGUGGCGGUCCUGCUUGCCCGUCCUGGGGAAGAGGCGCGUCCUGGCCGUGGCCCUUUCCACGCUGGCUGUGUUUGUGGUUUGCUACGCGCCCUACAACGCCUCACACAUCGUGGGUUUUGUGCUGCAGGAGAACGUCCACUGGAGGACUGAGGCCAUGCUGUCCAGUGCCUGUAACGUCUUCCUGGAGCCUGUGGUCAUGCUGAUGCUCUCCCCGGCAACGCCCCGCGGCCUCAUGGGAAGGCUCUGUGGAAGGACCAGCAGAUACAGCCGGACAGAGGGGCGCCAUUGUAGCAAAACCAUCACACGGGACCCUCUGGCUAAUGUGAGGGGAGUGGCGUCACUGACCGACAGACAGACGGGAGCAAACAUUUCCAAGUUAAGUCAGGAAUAA